GUGUGUGUGUGCCAAAAUCAAUCCCACAAUCCCUACACACCGGCGGUGUAUUCAUUUGAAUGAUAAAAACUGUGAAACGCUAGCGAACCUGCACACAGAGGAGUUGCUCUUGAGUUUGAACCAGUUUUUUUUCCUCUUUCCUUCACGUUUUGGAUUUACACACCUGAAGGAGAGACCUCGUCGCACUUCACGAAAAUGAAUCGUGUCCCUUAUUGUGGCAGCUGGUUAGCAUGUCAACCAGAAUAAACCCAAUGGCUUUCUGCGACCCUGCCUGCCUCUUUCUGCGGAAAAGAACAUGAAGCAGGUGGAUAUUAUAAAUAAGGAAGAAUUAGAUAAAGAAAGAUUUCAAGUUCACUACGGAGUACACAGCCCAGGCAAAGCAAAGCGAUUGUCAUCCGUCAAGAGGAAGGGUUGUCCAGUGGUGGAGGUGGGCUUGAAGCUGCACCGCAAAACAUCAGAUGUAGGCCGUGACCGUGACCGCGGCAUGGCCAACAAAGAAAAUGAGCUGACGUGCUCCGAUGAUGUGCGGGGCAUGCACUAUAAUGACAACUGCGGGCUCCCAGUGAACUCUGCAGAAGCCUCCAAGAUGGCAGGGGCCAGCUCCAAGUACAGCGACUUUACUGAGCUAUCAAAGGACCAUGAAGCUAUGACUCACGUCCUUUUCGGAAGGAAUCUGCGACUGAAAGUAGCUCAAACACUAUGGCGAAGAAACGCCAGUGAAUUAGUGGCCUACCUAAUAAGAAUUCAAGACACGGGGGUGCUGCUUGACUGCUUACCUGUCUUAACAAACGACAUUCAAACUGAAGCACCAUGUUUGUCACUUGGCUGCUGCGUUGACCUCAUGCCCCAAGUGAAAGUGAUUCUUGCCAGUAAAUAUGAAGAACACAUAACGGUGGGUUUACACUGGGUUCAAUCCGUCAUCAGGAAAUGGUGGCCAGAACUUUCUAAGAAUGAGAAGAGACUGCGGGACAGUCGUUCAGAAGACAGGAAUAUUGAAGUCAUGAAGCAGCGGCUGAAGGACUUGUGGAAGGAAGGAGCCCGGUUAUGUGUGGUUCCAGGAUCUACGGGAGAACUGGCAAAGGCCAUCGGGGGUUAUCUAUCACAGCUGCCCUGACAGUUGUCAAUGUAGCACUCUGAGGAUGUGACCACUACUGCCAGAUCAUGGCUGUGUUUUGAACUGAUAAUGACGCCAGAGAAAUGGACUGGUUCGUUCUGCGACUUCAACUCAAACCUCUUACUGGGACUGAACUUGACAAUUCAGACAACUCCCUCGGUUAGAGCUGGAGACUCUCUUGAGGAGGGCUGUGAGAGCCUUUCUGCAAAAAAAACCCACAGCAUAUGACUGCUUCACAUUGAAGUGGACCGUCUUGUGAAGGGGCAUGUUUAGUGGACCUCCAUGAGACUGGGUGUAACGUCGCUCUAUGAAGUGCCAAGCUCUUUGUCUCUCAAUACACCACUCAUUGCCAUUGAAUGCACUUGUGGAUGUAAUUAAUGCUCAGCUGUUUUGAUGUUUUGCGCCUGGAUCCACCGGAAACAGGAACUUGAAUCUGCUACAGUCUUAAGUUAUUAGAGCUUUUCUUGUUUUUAUUUUGCCUCUUCAUAUGACAUUUGACUGUGUAAUGUAAAAUGUAAAAACAAGUGAUUCUUUUAAUCUUCUUUUAAAUAAAUUUGCUAAAAAUCAAAAAAAA